AUGGAAGACACUGUACCGCUGAUUUUCUGCGCGGGUUAUGCUACUCUACGCGUCGUUUCCUCGGCAUAUGCACGGGCAUGGGCGGUCACCAUCUCUGCGGAACCGCCGAUGAGGGUUUUCCCGCGCCGCUGGAUCGACAUUUCGGGGCGGAAAAUGGUUGAUGUUUGGGACGCCGCACUCCGGGCGGUGAUUGGAACGAUCGUGUAUCGCCCGGGGAUUUCCCAGGCUGAGGUGUGCUGGAGGCUGAGGUCUGUGUACGACAGACAGGAAGUGAUGGAGGCCGUGAGAUAUCUGUCUGAGGAGGGCUUUAUCAAGCGGAGAACGGCGGAGCAAAUGAGGUCGCUGGGAAGCGGACUCUUCCCACUUGAUGAAGAUGAGGAGAAGCGGACGCACUGGUUUUUGGGCGAGCGCCAUUGGUAUCAGACGUGA